UACUCAUUCGGUCCGUGAUUGUGUUUCGAAUCGUACACAAAUAUUACAUGUAUUAGUUUCGUAAUAUUUUCAAUCUCUGAGAAACUGUAUUAUUUAUAGCGUUUUUUUUAAGUUUCAUAAUGGAACUUGCUCGAAAUUCUACUGGUCGUGCCGUUUCGCAGUUUUCUAAGGUAAAAAAUCAGAAUGGUCAGCUUAUUUUUCAAGCCAUAUUGGACCUGAACAAACUGUGCACCUACUCAGAUAUUGUAGAACAGCUGCUCAUUCGCCUGUCGCGUACUAGUUUUAAGCCAAACGUUUUGCAUGCCAUUGCGUAUAUCCUGAAGAGUGCAGUGCGCUUUGGAUUUAUCCAGAAGUUGAAUGGCGGCUACUGUAUCCUGUUCACACCAGUCUCAGAGUUUGAGUCCCCGGAAAAGGUUGUCUUCAAGCCUCGGCCCAUGCCUGUUCGCACCAUUGCUGUGCCAGAUCCUGACAAUAAAACUCAAGAAGAGGAGGCCUUGAGCGUGCAGAAGGUCAUUCGAGCAUCGUGGUAUCCAACAAAAAUGAAUUAAGUAUCACUAAAAACGGAAAAUUCUCAAUAAUAAAACGAUUUUAAAGUUU